AUGAGCGAUGAUGAUGAGGAGCUGCAGCUCGCCAUUGAAAUAUCCAAGUGAGUUUCCGAUGAAAUGAAAGCUUGAUGAUGAAAAGAAAGAUAGAAAGAAGAAAAUAACAGCUGACACACGUUGUGACCGCGGCCUUCGCCGAUGACAUCGCAGGUGAUGAGUUUUUUCUCUUCCAGGCAAACUUUCAAAAAUGAACAAGAUCUGAGGUCGGUGGACAAUGAUUUGAUUCGAUUUGAGUCACCUGAUGAACCCGCCAGGCAACGGAAGAUAAAUCAGAUCAAGCAGUUGUAUCAGACAACUCGGCCUGGGACUUCUACGUAGUAAGUUUUUUUCCUUCUAGAUCAUAAAAAUUUAUGAAAUUUUAGUAACUUCAACGAUCCGCGAGGAGACACUGCACAGUCAGUACCAUUACCACUACCACAUUCCCAAUCGUAUCCUCGGAACUUCUUUUCAUCGUGGCAGGCCCCGAUCCCCCAUGAAACAGCGCCACCAAGGCCACCAAAGCCAGAACAGUACAAAUUUCCGCCAGCGCCUUCAGUUCCGUGUAAGUCAUUUUGCUUCAACCUAAGUUGAUCAUUAGGUUACAAUUUUUCAGUACUUCAUGAUCGUCAUUUUGCUCCACCACCAUUACCGCCCAGAUUCAACAGAGAACCCCAAUCACCACCCAGAAACAAUUCACGUUCUCAACCAACUUCACCGAUUUCGUCCACUCCUCUCAGACACUCGGCGCCGUUGUUUUCAAUCGAUCACACACAAGUAUUAUCCCGUAAGUUCAGAUUUUCCUGGAACUUUCAGUAAAAAAUUGCAAACUUUCAGCGAUCAAGCCAUUCGAGACAAGUUUUACAUCAACAUCCGGUGAUUCCACGCGGAACAGCUCCAAUCAUGAGCACAGGUAUAUCAAUUUGACCCCUAGCUCGACAGGAGUAAAGAAAACAUGAUUUGCAGCGUUCAGUAUCAACCACUGACACAUUUAUAUGUUCCAUACGUGAUGCCCAACAUGAAUUCUUCCUACGGCGCUCUUUUGAACGGAGAUUUGAUUGAUCUGAGCAGCAGCAAUUUAGAUGAAUCCACAAAUGUGUCAUUGGAUGAGGUGCGGAGAAUUGCUCAGUAAUCUCGAGACCAAAUGAAUACUGAAUUACUAUCAUAACACUAGUAAACCUCCGAAAACCAGCAACCUUUCCCAGUAUUUGACUUUUCUCGUGAGAGAAGCAACACAAUCCGAAAAGAUAGAUAGUUUAUCAUUUGCGUGGCCAAAUUGGAAUUGAUUGAUCUUCCUCUUUUCUCUUGUUCUUUUUGCGACCUUGUCGCUAAUAUGAAACAAAACAUUGCAGAUUAGAAGAGAAUUCGAUCCGCUGUUCAUAUCCUCAAUCUUUUCCAAUUCGUCAGCCGAUGACAGCAUCAUAAUGCCUUCUGUCCAAAUAUACACCACAAAAGCACUGGAAGGUGAGUUUUUUUUUUCAGGUUACACAACUUCCACACCAAAUUGAAACUUUUCAGAACCGAAACUACUUGACAAAGUUCAGGACAGCAUUCAGGUGCACGUUUUUCAGAAAGUAGAAAGCAUAGAGUUUCCGUCUUCGUCAUUUAGUUUGAUUGACUGCCCUGAUGUCAUUGAAGAACAGUUCAAAAAGUUAUGCAAAAGACAAUUGAUUCGGAGAAAGACGACCCCCGAAUUUUUCAUUGCACCGACUGUGGACUACAUGACAACAACAGCUAGCACGGUCAAAGUGAUUGUGUUCAAGGAUUAUGGGUUUGUUUUUCGGUUUUUAUUGUUAUUAUGGGCUCUAGAAAACUAAAGGAGCUUCUUUGUAUCCAACUUUUAAAAAUAAAAUCGUGGUUUCAGAUGGCCAGGAAACGACAAACAAAGCAAGGCUCUUAUUUGCGGUAUUGAGCAGUCAAUGGACAUCAUCACUGUCCAAGCUCUCUCAUUUUUCGACUCUAAUUUAGAAGAAGACAAAGAAUACGGCUUGAAGGUCAAUUCUUGUUCCAAAAAUGCCGCCGCCGCACACGGUUCUUGGCAUAAUCCGAAAAUUGCUAUGGAACGCACGUCACUUUUCUGAUUAUGCUUUGUGUCCAGCAAGACGACUCUCCAUUUUUACUAGUCGUUGUUUCAAUGUUUCAGAUCUAUGGUUUGAAUCAAUUUCUGGCCAAGGAAAGUCUUUUGGGAUCAAAUUUGUACACUGGACACUGUUUGCUGCACGGUGAAGAUGUAAGGCUAGAGGUUGGUGUUUUCAAGCCGCAGAAGAGAAUCUAUGAGCACUUUGUGGACUCUUGGAAUAGAAUGAAGUGAGUUGAUUUUUACUUAAGAAGUGUCAUAUAACUUUAACUUUCCAGAAGCCAAGUUCGGUACUCAACUGUUGUUGAUAAAGAAGACGUGGAGAACACAUUCAGUCAUCUUGCCACAGAAAUGGCACAGUAUGAGAAAGCAUUCAAUGAUGGAUCCACUUUAAAGCGUGAGUACCUCAACUGGUUGAAAAACUAUUCAAAACGAAUCAUUUAUUGCAGUUUCACAAACGUCCCAACGCGUCAAACAAGUGGUCAUGCUAUUCUGCAAAUACUUACAUGGAAUCGUUCCCGAAAAACUGUUCAAAGAAAUGCAGAGGUACUUAGCAUCAACCACAGAGGAGCAGCUAAGAAUUCAUCGCAACGACUUUCUCCGCGAAAUUCAUUCGUUCCUCGAGCUAUACUGCAGAUGCACCGUCAGCCGAUACAGCCUCCCACCUCUUCAACUUUUCACCAAGCCGAAAGUGGAAGUUCUGUCUAAAAUGGAUCAUUUGCAAAUCAUGCUCAACUCUGUGCAUUCUAUUCCGGAAAAUUGGAUCAGAGAUUACUCGGAGUUCUACAUGUCGGUCGAUUUGUACUAUGGAACGCAGGUGCUUGAUGGGCAUAGUAAUAAAGUGUCGAAGGUGGUCAAAAUGGAUCAGUUCUUCCCGAGAAUAUCCCUGGAUUUGUACGCGAAGUUCACCAGACUUAAUUUGUGCACGUAUCCUCGAGAGACUCGAAUUGUGGUCUCAAUCAGCGGAACCAUCAAGAAUGGUCCACAACCACAGCCAAGUUUGAAUGAUUUCAGUCAGGACACGGUGAUGUUAGGAUACUGCUCUGUUCCGUUAUAUGAUGAACACCUGUAAGUACUGUUUUUAUUUUGCACUCGUUACCCGUUAUUUUUCAGACUUAUGCGACAAGGACCCUUAUUCCUGCCGUUGACGCUUUUGAAGAAACAACCACUUCUCAAGCCUUUUGGACCGUAUCCAUACAUCAAAGAUGCUAGGGAUCCCAUCCUAAUCAUGAGCUUCAAAGUCUGGGACACCGAGAUUUUCUUCCCAAAUGUUGUGAUUGACAUGCAGUGCAUUCCCCAAGACUUCUCCACACUAGACAUUGAGACGCAGGAAUAUCUUAUGGAGAUGAUUGAAAACCAGGACCCAUCAAGACUAGAGUCUGAUGAUCAGGACUUGAUAUGGCAGAAGCGACUGUACCUGACCCAUCAGCCCGAAGCCUUGCCUCUAGUGUUGUCUUCACUUCAAGACUGGAGUUUUGGAUUCGUUAUGAGAGUGUAUCAGAUUCUUGAGGAAUGGGCUCCACUUCGCCCGGAAAUCGCAAUGGAACUGCUGCUGCCUCAGUAUCCGGAUGAACGUGUCCGAGCCUAUGCAGUUCGUUCACUUGCCUAUGGCUCAACGGACUUCCUCUACCACACGAUUCCUCAAUUCGUUGAAGCUCUUCGUUUCGAACUCUACGAGAAGUCGACGCUUGCUGAUUUCAUCCUGGAACUAGCUCUUGUCAGUUUAGAUUUCACUUUCGAAAUCUACUGGCAACUACAACAACGAGUUGAUCAUUGUGCAGUCGACGAUUUACCAUACGCCAUACGCUGUCAAAAUCUGCAACAGAAAAUCAUUGACGAACAUGAAAACCAGGAUUUGAGAAAAGAUAUCAAGUUGCAGCACGAUCUGUUGAAUGAGUUGGACUCGAUUCAAGAUGAAUUGCGUUUGAAGAGUGCAGAGAACGAGUUUGAGAGACUUCACCGGCUCAGAACUCGUUUGGGACAUCUGGAUGGACAGCUUCUUCAAAACCGGGUGCGGUUGCCAAUUUGUCCGGCGUUUGAUUGCACAGGAGUGAGGAUUGAAGAGUGCAACAUCUUCAAUUCCAAUGCGAAGCCGUUGAAGAUUGUCUUCCGAGGGAUCAAUUCGAAUUAUUCGAUUAUUCAUAAGGUUAGCACUAAUAAAAUUUGUUUGACUAAAAGUUUUAGUGGUUUUGGCAAUUCCCACCAUAUUUUCAAACGCUCAUACAACGGUACGCUAAUUUCAAACAAACUUUACAGCGAGAUGAUGACAUGCGACAAGAUGCAUUCGUCAUGAAAAUGGUGAACGAAAUGGACAGGAUCUGGAAAUCAAAUGGCCUCGACCUUCGUUUGAUCACCUUCCGUAUAAUGCCAGUCGGAUAUCGGCGUGGAAUGGGAGAGCUCGUACUCAAUUGUGCCACUCUUUUAGAAAUCCAGAAGGAAGACGGUCUUCGCGGAGUUCUUAAUGACGAAGUCCUUCGGAAGUGGCUGAUGAAGCACAAUAGCGAUGAGUUCACCUACAAAGAAGCGCUCGAAAAUUUCAUCCGCUCAUGUGCUGGAUGGUGUGUAGUCACCUAUGUUCUGGGCAUUGGGGACCGGCACAACGACAAUAUACUGUUCACCAAGAACGGACAUGUAUUCCAUAUAGAUUUUGGAAAGUAUAUGGGCGAUUGGCAAACUGCUGCCGGUUUCAGAAGAGAUCGAGUUCCAUUUGUGUUCACAUCCGAAAUGUUCUACGUGAUAAACGGAGGAAAAUCGCAAACACAAAACUAUCAGAAGUUUAUCGACUACUGCUGCAAAGCUUUCAACUUUCUCAGAAGGAAUAAGAGUGUUUUGACAAACUUGCUGCGAAUUGUUAGUGUUUUAUCAAUAUUUGUGUUCAACAAACGUGCAUUUUCAGAUGGCCUGCUCCGAUAUUUCUGGUAUCAAUCUUGACUCGAUUGCGUUCGUCGAGAAGAAUCUUAUGUUGGAUCUCACAGAAACUGACGCAAUUGUACAGUUCACAGAGCUCAUUCAAAACUCGCUCAACAGCACAUUUGUCCGUUUGAACUUUGUCGCUCACACAUUUGCCCAGUUCAUGUCGUCAAGUUCGAGUUUUUCGAAACGAGACGAGAACAAGCUUAGUUUUGUGCCGGAAUUAUACACGUGAGCACACCUUUGUCGGCAAAAAUUUAUAAUUUAUUUUGUUUUUGCAGAGAGCUCUCCGAUGGCCGCAUUUCGAGAUUGACAGUUUUGACAUACGAGAAACGAUUCAUUCCGAAUAAGAUUUAUGUAAGAUUCAAUUCACGUUUUCAAUCGAAAUUUGGUCCUGUCAACAUUUUCAGCUGUACAAAAUCGAAGUUCAGCGAUUGAACGUCACGGUUGCCUCGUUCAUCUAUCGCUCAUUUGCCGAGUUUGAGGAGUUGCAUACAAAACUGAGGAAACGGUUUGCAAUAGUCGUGAAAUGUGCUCAAUAAUUUUUGUUUAAUCUAUAGCUUCCCAUCACUGGCAGUUUCCCUGAGCACCAGCUCAAAUAUGCGGUCGAAUGUGCGUGCGAUCGCUCAGAAACGGAUGAUAGACGUGCAACACUUUCUUCUGUAUCUUUAUCGUCAGGUGGACGAGAUUCGACAUGUUAGUUUUCCAUUCUUUUGAAAGAUUUCAUUCUUGGCAAGCGAAAAGAUGCACAUCAAUGACUUCUUGACAUCAAUUUUGGCGGCGUGGGAGAGAGCCAGACAACCUGAAAUUAUUCCGGAACAUUAAUUUCUAUCUCCUAAAUGCAGGAUUUGUCUUCUCGUCGUCUCCUUUUUCUCUUUCCUGGGGGAUUAAAAGAAAUCAAGUGGAAGAGCAAGUAUUUUCUUUUUUUUUCAGUGCGACUUGGUUUAUACAUUUUUCCAUUCGCUUCUUCGUGACAACAAGUGCGACACCUACAUUGACGCGCAGGAAAUGCCGUCACCACACUGUCAAAUCUACCUGAAGGUACAAUAUAACAGCGUCAAAGAGAGCCUCAACGUGUUUAUAGGUAAGUUUUAGUGCAGUUUGAGGUAAAUACCAACAACAAAAAAAUAAUUACGUUCCAGGACACGUCAAGAACAUGGCUCUUCUGCAAACAGGGCAACCUCCAGACCCGUACGUAAAGACGUAUGUCCGUCCAGAUCUUCAAAAUUACUCAAAACGUAAAACUCAAGUUGUUCGCGCUACUCAACACCCGACAUUCAAUCAAGAGGUUUGUUUCUUUUUAAAGGAUGAACCUGAAACUAGAAAUCCUCAAAUUCUUUUCAAGUGUUUUCCACGCAUCCAGGGUUGGGUUCAUUAUGAAAUGAGCACGUAAUGUUAUGGUUCAAAACGCUUUUGGCUCUAGAACACGUAAUAACACAAGCUUUUUUAGCUCUCCUACGAAGGAUUCCCAAUGAACCUGCUAUCCACGAGAGUCCUGGAAGUGAGCGUCUGGAACAAUGGUGGUCUUAUGGACAAUCACAAGAUGUACAUGGUGUGCAUUCCGCUCGCAAAAAUUCAUAAUAUUGCGGAAAACCGCAAAGCAAAUCGUGUACUUGAAGGCUGGUUCCAAUGUGAUAAAUAUAUAUAGGCAUAUUUUUCUCCCUCCCCCGUUCCCUCUCUUGCUAUUUCUAGUUGUAAAUGUGUAUGUAUCCAUAGAAUUUGUAUUUUAUAUUGUAUAUGACAGUUUCAGUUCAUUCUCUCUAGUCGCCACACAAAGUUUCAACAAGAAAAACCGAAUCUUCUGUGAUAUUUCUUUUCUACUUUUCAUUGACAAUUGAAAAGUCUAGCUAAAUACAAAUAAACAUUGUAUCUCAUGAUUUGAUUUGUACAGCUUUCCUCUUCUUCUUUACAAUGAAUUAAAAACUUGGCAUCAUCAUUCUACCCCCCCCGUACAAAAAUUGCGUGUGUGUUCAGUGUCAAUUGGAGAGUAAUGCGCCGCAUUACAAGUGGUCUUCCCUUCGAAUUAUAGUUGAUCGAUGUUGCCAACAAGUACACAGAACCGAAAAACGGUUCUCUCUUUCUUUUCGUUUUGAAACGGACUCCCCUUUAUGUGAAAAAGAGGGAGACGAUUCUGUGUGCACGGGCGAGAACUAAUUACUUUCGUACCUGCCAGAAAGCCCAGCUCAAAUGCUCUCUUUAUAUGUAUAAAAGUUCAUGCAUCACAGACGGCGGCAUGAACGUUGCAUAGCAACGUUCUGGCUUCUCCGCUCUCCCGUCUGAGCACAUUACAAAAUAGUUUCAUUUGUUUUCCAUUCACUUUUUGUCAAUUCCAUCCAAUUGCAAAGUUAUGCACAUAUCCCUUAUUUUGCCUCCGGAUCUUCUUGUUUUUCUCGUUUUUCUUCUCUCUGCGCGUCUUAAUUUACACUACUUCCUCGCUGUGUUUUUGAAAGACUCUUCUGCUCUUUUCCUUCUUCGUUUCCUCACCCUUUUUCGGUUUUUUGCAGAGCGAGAACACAUUUUUACUCGAAAAAUGCAUUUUCUCAACACCUUAACAACCAAACACCUAAAAAUAAAUGCAAUUUGAUAAUACUCUUUUCCCUAUAAAAACUAGUGCUUAUUCCGCACAUUAAUGCGCUUUCCGGUAAACACUUUGCAACAUGCAUGGCUCUCUUUAUCAGUACCGCUUUUUUAACCUUAAAACUCCCUCUUCCUCUUCUUCUCCAUAUUUGACGUUUUCGUGACGUCUUUAUCAGUUUCACACGUUUUGUUCUUGAACUUCAUUCAAUUUCAUUCUAAAAUAUUAAUAAUUCAGGUCAGGCUCCUACGAAAUGUCUCACGGAGCUAAAUGUAUUUGCCAGAUUUGCACUUGCGGGUUUGUGAAUUGUACUUUUGGCGCUCUUAUAAUAUUUCCGUUUUUAGACGUCAUAAGUGUCCUCAUGAUAGAAAUGCGAGCAGUAUUCACUUUGGUGAUAGUGAUUCGAGAAAAAUUGUUCAAAAAACAACUAUACAGGCAUGAAUUGAUAUUUUUCUUCAAUCUUUAAGAGAUACUGGUUUAGACGGACUUUGAGAGUCACAACACCUACCAGAGAACGGAAUCCAGGAGCUAUCGGGCUAAUAGAUCGACACUUUUUGAUGAAUCCGCUGAGACAAAACGUUCUACUGUUAAAAGAUUGAAAACUGGAGAGGGUGAGAGAAAAAACUGCGAAAAACCAAUACAUGUUAUAUAUUCAGAAAAAAAUGAAACACACAAAAAGGACAUCAAUACAAACGUAAGAAACGAUUACAAUGUUCAUGAACAUAAUCAUACUAAACUUUAGUUACCGCCAAUUAACGAUGCAAAGCAGUCUGGUCCUGAACGUCAAAUUGGAAUCAAAAAAGACGGCAGAGGGAUUCUGAAACUAACUACUAGUCGCAGUCAAUCAACUGAAAAAAGAGCAUUGUCCAGUUCGAGUAAGCGGACACCUGAUGAGAUUACCGAGACAUUACCACAAACCAAUGAAGUUACUGUCAAUUCCAUCAGCAGAGAGAGCAGGAGAAACAGAAAUUACAGUCAGAUUUUCGAAACAAGAAGAGCACUUCAGGUAAUUUCAAAUUUUCGCAAAUUAUUUUGAGAAGCUUUAUGUAUAUCUUUAGAACAUGUCCUCAUCAGCGCAGAGCAAUCAUAAACAGUCAAUCGACAGGGGCCUUCUGACACAACAAGACAGAUAUACUGAUACCGACCGAAAAUCAAAACAAGCCAAAAGAUCAAUCUAUGGAAUGAGCGUUGUAGAUAGAAAUGGAGAAAGCCGCCGGAACACGAGUUCGCUGAAACAACAAAAUGCACAGAGAUUCGCUACUUCCGAUACUAUGCAAAAAAGAGAAAACAUGCAAAUCCUGCAAACAGACGAGCUGCAGUUCGAAGCAAGAACGCAGAACCAGGAAGAUUUCACCCACAUAAGAGGAGAGCGGUACGCCAAGAAGAUUCCAGUCGACAACAAGAUGCUGCAAGGAGACGAGCUGCAGUUCGAAGCAAGAACGCAGAACCAGGAAGAUUUCACCCACAUAAGAGGAGAGCGGUACGCCAAAAAGAUUCCAGUCGACAACAAGAUUCUGCAAGGAGACGGCCAGCAAUUUGAAGCAAGAACGCAGAACCAGGAGGACUUCACCCACAUAAGUGGAGAGCGGUACGCCAGGAAGAUUCCAGUCGACAACAAGAUCCUGCAAGGAGACGGCCAGCAAUUUGAAGCAAGAACGCAGAACCAGGAGGACUUCACCCACAUAAGUGGAGAGCGGUACGCCAAGAAGAUUCCUGUCGACAACAAGAUCCUGCAAGGAGACGGCCAGCAGAUCGAAGCAAGAACGCAGAACCAGAAGGACUUCACCCACAUAAGUGGAGAGCGGUACGCCAGGAAGAUUCCAGUCGACAACAAGAUCCUGCAAGGAGACGGCCAGCAAUUUGAAGCAAGAACGCAGAACCAGAAGGACUUCACCCACAUAAGUGGAGAGCGGUACGCCAGGAAGAUUCCAGUCGACAACAAAAUCCUGCAAGGAGACGGCCAGCAGAUCGAAGCAAGAACGCAGAACCAGGAGGACUUCACCCACAUAAGUGGAGAGCGGUACGCCAAGAAGAUUCCAGUCGACAACAAGAUUCUGCAAGGAGACGGCCAGCAAUUUGAAGCAAGAACGCAGAACCAGGAGGACUUCACCCACAUAAGUGGAAAGCUGUACGCCAAGAAGAUUCCUGUCGACAACAAGAUCCUGCAAGGAGACGGCCAGCAAUUUGAAGCAAGAACGCAGAACCAGAAGGACUUGACCCACAUAAGUGGAGAGCGGUACGCCAGGAAGAUUCCAGUCGACAACAAGAUUCUGCAAGGAGACGGCCAGCAGAUCGAAGCAAGAACGCAGAACCAGGAGGACUUCACCCACAUAAGUGGAGAGCGGUACGCCAAGAAGAUUCCUGUCGACAACAAGAUCCUGCAAGGAGACGGCCAGCAAUUUGAAGCAAGAACGCAGAACCAGAAGGACUUCACCCACAUAAGUGGAGAGCGGUACGCCAGGAAGAUUCCAGUCGACAACAAGAUUCUGCAAGGAGACGGCCAGCAGAUCGAAGCAAGAACGCAGAACCAGGAGGACUUCACCCACAUAAGUGGAGAGCGGUACGCCAAGAAGAUUCCAGUCGACAACAAGAUUCUGCAAGGAGACGGCCAGCAAUUUGAAGCAAGAACGCAGAACCAGGAGGACUUCACCCACAUAAGUGGAGAGCGGUACGCCAAGAAGAUUCCAGCCGACAACAAGAUUCUGCAAGGAGACGGCCAGCAAUUUGAAGCAAAAACGCAGAACCAGGAGGACUUCACCCACAUAAGUGGAGAGCGGUACGCCAAGAAGAUUCCUGUCGACAACAAGAUCCUGCAAGGAGACGGCCAGCAAUUUGAAGCAAGAACGCAGAACCAGAAGGACUUCACCCACAUAAGUGGAGAGCGGUACGCCAGGAAGAUUCCAGUCGACAACAAGAUUCUGCAAGGAGACGGCCAGCAAUUUGAAGCAAGAACGCAGAACCAGGAGGACUUCACCCACAUAAGUGGAGAGCGGUACGCCAAGAAGAUUCCAGUCGACAACAAGAUUCUGCAAGGAGAAAGCCAGCAAUUUGAAGCAAGAACGCAGAACCAGGAGGACUUCACCCACAUAAGUGGAGAGCGGUACGCCAAGAAGAUUCCAGUCGACAACAAGAUUCUGCAAGGAGACGGCCAGCAAUUUGAAGCAAGAACGCAGAACCAGGAGGACUUCACCCACAUAAGUGGAGAGCGGUACGCCAAGAAGAUUCCAGUCGACAACAAGAUUCUGCAAGGAGACGGCCAGCAGAUCGAAGCAAGAACGCAGAACCAGGAGGACUUCACCCACAUAAGUGGAGAGCGGUACGCCAAGAAGAUUCCAGUCGACAACAAGAUUCUGCAAGGAGAAAGCCAGCAAUUUGAAGCAAGAACGCAGAACCAGGAGGACUUCACCCACAUAAGUGGAGAGCGGUACGCCAAGAAGAUUCCAGUCGACAACAAGAUUCUGCAAGGAGAAGGCCAGCAAUUUGAAGCAAGAACGCAGAACCAGGAGGACUUCACCCACAUAAGUGGAGAGCGGUACGCCAAGAAGAUUCCAGUCGACAACAAGAUUCUGCAAGGAGACGGCCAGCAAUUUGAAGCAAGAACGCAGAACCAGGAGGACUUCACCCACAUAAGUGGAGAGCGGUACGCCAAGAAGAUUCCAGUCGACAACAAGAUUCUGCAAGGAGAAGGCCAGCAAUUUGAAGCAAGAACGCAGAACCAGGAGGACUUCACCCACAUAAGUGGAGAGCGGUACGCCAAGAAGAUUCCAGUCGACAACAAGAUUCUGCAAGGAGACGGCCAGCAAUUUGAAGCAAGAACGCAGAACCAGGAGGACUUCACCCACAUAAGUGGAGAGCGGUACGCCAAGAAGAUUCCAGUCGACAACAAGAUUCUGCAAGGAGACGGCCAGCAAUUUGAAGCAAAAAAACGCAGAACCAGGAGGACUUCACCCACAUAAGUGGAGAGCGGUACGCAAAGAAGAUUCCAGUCGACAACAAGAUUCUGCAAGGAGACGGCCAGCAAUUUGAAGCAAGAACGCAGAACCAGGAGGACUUCACCCACAUAAGUGGAGAGCGGUACGCCAAGAAGAUUCCAGUCGACAACAAGAUUCUGCAAGGAGACGGCCAGCAAUUUGAAGCAAGAACGCAGAACCAGGAGGACUUCACCCACAUAAGUGGAGAGCGGUACGCCAAGAAGAUUCCAGUCGACAACAAGAUUCUGCAAGGAGACGGCCAGCAAUUUGAAGCAAGAACGCAGAACCAGGAGGACUUCACCCACAUAAGUGGAGAGCGGUACGCCAAGAAGAUUCCAGUCGACAACAAGAUUCUGCAAGGAGACGGCCAGCAAUUUGAAGCAAGAACGCAGAACCAGGAGGACUUCACCCACAUAAGUGGAGAGCGGUACGCCAAGAAGAUUCCAGUCGACAACAAGAUUCUGCAAGGAGACGGCCAGCAAUUUGAAGCAAGAACGCAGAACCAGGAGGACUUCACCCACAUAAGUGGAGAGCGGUACGCCAAGAAGAUUCCAGCCGACAACAAGAUUCUGCAAGGAGACGGCCAGCAAUUUGAAGCAAGAACGCAGAACCAGGAGGACUUCACCCACAUAAGUGGAGAGCGGUACGCCAAGAAGAUUCCAGUCGACAACAAGAUUCUGCAAGGAGACGGCCAGCAAUUUGAAGCAAGAACGCAGAACCAGGAGGACUUCACCCACAUAAGUGGAGAGCGGUACGCCAAGAAGAUUCCAGUCGACAACAAGAUUCUGCAAGGAGACGGCCAGCAAUUUGAAGCAAGAACGCAGAACCAGGAGGACUUCACCCACAUAAGUGGAGAGCGGUACGCCAAGAAGAUUCCAGUCGACAACAAGAUUCUGCAAGGAGACGGCCAGCAAUUUGAAGCAAGAACGCAGAACCAGGAGGACUUCACUCACAUAAGUGGAGAGCGGUACGCCAAGAAGAUUCCAGUCGACAACAAGAUUCUGCAAGGAGACGGCCAGCAAUUUGAAGCAAGAACGCAGAACCAGGAGGACUUCACCCACAUAAGUGGAGAGCGGUACGCCAAGAAGAUUCCAGUCGACAACAAGAUUCUGCAAGGAGACGGCCAGCAAUUUGAAGCAAGAACGCAGAACCAGGAGGACUUCACCCACAUAAGUGGAGAGCGGUACGCCAAGAAGAUUCCAGUCGACAACAAGAUUCUGCAAGGAGAAGGCCAGCAAUUUGAAGCAAGAACGCAGAACCAGGAGGACUUCACCCACAUAAGUGGAGAGCGGUACGCCAAGAAGAUUCCAGUCGACAACAAGAUUCUGCAAGGAGACGGCCAGCAAUUUGAAGCAAGAACGCAGAACCAGGAGGACUUCACCCACAUAAGUGGAGAGCGGUACGCCAAGAAGAUUCCAGUCGACAACAAGAUUCUGCAAGGAGACGGCCAGCAAUUUGAAGCAAGAACGCAGAACCAGGAGGACUUCACCCACAUAAGUGGAGAGCGGUACGCCAAGAAGAUUCCAGUCGACAACAAGAUUCUGCAAGGAGACGGCCAGCAAUUUGAAGCAAGAACGCAGAACCAGGAGGACUUCACCCACAUAAGUGGAGAGCGGUACGCCAAGAAGAUUCCAGUCGACAACAAGAUUCUGCAAGGAGACGGCCAGCAAUUUGAAGCAAGAACGCAGAACCAGGAGGACUUCACCCACAUAAGUGGAGAGCGGUACGCCAAGAAGAUUCCAGUCGACAACAAGAUUCUGCAAGGAGACGGCCAGCAAUUUGAAGCAAGAACGCAGAACCAGGAGGACUUCACCCACAUAAGUGGAGAGCGGUACGCCAAGAAGAUUCCAGUCGACAACAAGAUUCUGCAAGGAGACGGCCAGCAAUUUGAAGCAAGAACGCAGAACCAGGAGGACUUCACCCACAUAAGUGGAGAGCGGUACGCCAAGAAGAUUCCAGUCGACAACAAGAUUCUGCAAGGAGACGGCCAGCAAUUUGAAGCAAGAACGCAGAACCAGGAGGACUUCACCCACAUAAGUGGAGAGCGGUACGCCAAGAAGAUUCCAGUCGACAACAAGAUUCUGCAAGGAGACGGCCAGCAAUUUGAAGCAAGAACGCAGAACCAGGAGGACUUCACCCACAUAAGUGGAGAGCGGUACGCCAAGAAGAUUCCAGUCGACAACAAGAUUCUGCAAGGAGACGGCCAGCAAUUUGAAGCAAGAACGCAGAACCAGGAGGACUUCACCCACAUAAGUGGAGAGCGGUACGCAAAGAAGAUUCCAGUCGACAACAAGAUUCUGCAAGGAGACGGCCAGCAAUUUGAAGCAAGAACGCAGAACCAGGAGGACUUCACCCACAUAAGUGGAGAGCGGUACGCCAAGAAGAUUCCAGUCGACAACAAGAUUCUGCAAGGAGACGGCCAGCAAUUUGAAGCAAGAACGCAGAACCACGAGGACUUCACCCACAUAAGUGGAGAGCGGUACGCCAAGAAGAUUCCAGUCGACAACAAGAUUCUGCAAGGAGACGGCCAGCAAUUUGAAGCAAGAACGCAGAACCAGGAGGACUUCACCCACAUAAGUGGAGAGCGGUACGCCAAGAAGAUUCCAGUCGACAACAAGAUUCUGCAAGGAGACGGCCAGCAAUUUGAAGCAAGAACGCAGAACCAGGAGGACUUCACCCACAUAAGUGGAGAGCGGUACGCCAAGAAGAUUCCAGUCGACAACAAGAUUCUGCAAGGAGACGGCCAGCAAUUUGAAGCAAGAACGCAGAACCAGGAGGACUUCACCCACAUAAGUGGAGAGCGGUACGCCAAGAAGAUUCCAGUCGACAACAAGAUUCUGCAAGGAGACGGCCAGCAAUUUGAAGCAAGAACGCAGAACCAGGAGGACUUCACCCACAUAAGUGGAGAGCGGUACGCCAAGAAGAUUCCAGUCGACAACAAGAUUCUGCAAGGAGACGGCCAGCAAUUUGAAGCAAGAACGCAGAACCAGGAGGACUUCACCCACAUAAGUGGAGAGCGGUACGCCAAGAAGAUUCCAGUCGACAACAAGAUUCUGCAAGGAGACGGCCAGCAAUUUGAAGCAAGAACGCAGAACCAGGAGGACUUCACCCACAUAAGUGGAGAGCGGUACGCCAAGAAGAUUCCAGUCGACAACAAGAUUCUGCAAGGAGACGGCCAGCAAUUUGAAGCAAGAACGCAGAACCAGGAGGACUUCACCCACAUAAGUGGAGAGCGGUACGCCAAGAAGAUUCCAGUCGACAACAAGAUUCUGCAAGGAGACGGCCAGCAAUUUGAAGCAAGAACGCAGAACCAGGAGGACUUCACCCACAUAAGUGGAGAGCGGUACGCCAAGAAGAUUCCAGUCGACAACAAGAUUCUGCAAGGAGACGGCCAGCAAUUUGAAGCAAGAAAGCAGAACCAGGAGGACUUCACCCACAUAAGUGGAGAGCGGUACGCCAAGAAGAUUCCAGUCGACAACAAGAUUCUGCAAGGAGACGGCCAGCAAUUUGAAGCAAGAACGCAGAACCAGGAGGACUUCACCCACAUAAGUGGAGAGCGGUACGCCAAGAAGAUUCCAGUCGACAACAAGAUUCUGCAAGGAGACGGCCAGCAAUUUGAAGCAAGAACGCAGAACCAGGAGGACUUCACCCACAUAAGUGGAGAGCGGUACGCAAAGAAGAUUCCAGUCGACAACAAGAUUCUGCAAGGAGACGGCCAGCAAUUUGAAGCAAGAACGCAGAACCAGGAGGACUUCACCCACAUAAGUGGAGAGCGGUACGCCAAGAAGAUUCCAGUCGACAACAAGAUUCUGCAAGGAGACGGCCAGCAAUUUGAAGCAAGAACGCAGAACCACGAGGACUUCACCCACAUAAGUGGAGAGCGGUACGCCAAGAAGAUUCCAGUCGACAACAAGAUUCUGCAAGGAGACGGCCAGCAAUUUGAAGCAAGAACGCAGAACCAGGAGGACUUCACCCACAUAAGUGGAGAGCGGUACGCCAAGAAGAUUCCAGUCGACAACAAGAUUCUGCAAGGAGACGGCCAGCAAUUUGAAGCAAGAACGCAGAACCAGGAGGACUUCACCCACAUAAGUGGAGAGCGGUACGCCAAGAAGAUUCCAGUCGACAACAAGAUUCUGCAAGGAGACGGCCAGCAAUUUGAAGCAAGAACGCAGAACCAGGAGGACUUCACCCACAUAAGUGGAGAGCGGUACGCCAAGAAGAUUCCAGUCGACAACAAGAUUCUGCAAGGAGACGGCCAGCAAUUUGAAGCAAGAACGCAGAACCAGGAGGACUUCACCCACAUAAGUGGAGAGCGGUACGCCAAGAAGAUUCCAGUCGACAACAAGAUUCUGCAAGGAGACGGCCAGCAAUUUGAAGCAAGAACGCAGAACCAGGAGGACUUCACCCACAUAAGUGGAGAGCGGUACGCCAAGAAGAUUCCAGUCGACAACAAGAUUCUGCAAGGAGACGGCCAGCAAUUUGAAGCAAGAACGCAGAACCAGGAGGACUUCACCCACAUAAGUGGAGAGCGGUACGCCAAGAAGAUUCCAGUCGACAACAAGAUUCUGCAAGGAGAAGGCCAGCAAUUUGAAGCAAGAACGCAGAACCAGGAGGACUUCACCCACAUAAGUGGAGAGCGGUACGCCAAGAAGAUUCCAGUCGACAACAAGAUUCUGCAAGGAGAAGGCCAGCAAUUUGAAGCAAGAACGCAGAACCAGGAGGACUUCACCCACAUAAGUGGAGAGCGGUACGCCAAGAAGAUUCCAGUCGACAACAAGAUUCUGCAAGGAGACGGCCAGCAAUUUGAAGCAAGAACGCAGAACCAGGAGGACUUCACCCACAUAAGUGGAGAGCGGUACGCCAAGAAGAUUCCAGUCGACAACAAGAUUCUGCAAGGAGACGGCCAGCAAUUUGAAGCAAGAACGCAGAACCAGGAGGACUUCACCCACAUAAGUGGAGAGCGGUACGCCAAGAAGAUUCCAGUCGACAACAAGAUUCUGCAAGGAGAAGGCCAGCAAUUUGAAGCAAGAACGCAGAACCAGGAGGACUUCACCCACAUAAGUGGAGAGCGGUACGCCAAGAAGAUUCCAGUCGACAACAAGAUUCUGCAAGGAGAAGGCCAGCAAUUUGAAGCAAGAACGCAGAACCAGGAGGACUUCACCCACAUAAGUGGAGAGCGGUACGCCAAGAAGAUUCCAGUCGACAACAAGAUUCUGCAAGGAGACGGCCAGCAAUUUGAAGCAAGAACGCAGAACCACGAGGACUUCACCCACAUAAGUGGAGAGCGGUACGCCAAGAAGAUUCCAGUCGACAACAAGAUUCUGCAAGGAGACGGCCAGCAAUUUGAAGCAAGAACGCAGAACCAGGAGGACUUCACCCACAUAAGUGGAGAGCGGUACGCCAAGAAGAUUCCAGUCGACAACAAGAUUCUGCAAGGAGACGGCCAGCAAUUUGAAGCAAGAACGCAGAACCAGGAGGACUUCACCCACAUAAGUGGAGAGCGGUACGCCAAGAAGAUUCCAGUCGACAACAAGAUUCUGCAAGGAGACGGCCAGCAAUUUGAAGCAAGAACGCAGAACCAGGAGGACUUCACUCACAUAAGUGGAGAGCGGUACGCCAAGAAGAUUCCAGUCGACAACAAGAUUCUGCAAGGAGACGGCCAGCAAUUUGAAGCAAGAACGCAGAACCACGAGGACUUCACCCACAUAAGUGGAGAGCGGUACGCCAAGAAGAUUCCAGUCGACAACAAGAUUCUGCAAGGAGACGGCCAGCAAUUUGAAGCAAGAACGCAGAACCAGGAGGACUUCACCCACAUAAGUGGAGAGCGGUACGCCAAGAAGAUUCCAGUCGACAACAAGAUUCUGCAAGGAGACGGCCAGCAAUUUGAAGCAAGAACGCAGAACCAGGAGGACUUCACCCACAUAAGUGGAGAGCGGUACGCCAAGAAGAUUUCAGUCGACAACAAGAUUCUGCAAGGAGACGGCCAGCAAUUUGAAGCAAAAACGCAGAACCAGGAGGACUUCACCCACAUAAGUGGAGAGCGGUACGCCAAGAAGAUUCCAGUCGACAACAAGAUUCUGCAAGGAGACGGCCAGCAAUUUGAAGCAAGAACGCAGAACCAGGAGGACUUCACCCACAUAAGUGGAGAGCGGUACGCCAAGAAGAUUCCAGUCGACAACAAGAUUCUGCAAGGAGACGGCCAGCAAUUUGAAGCAAGAACGCAGAACCAGGAGGACUUCACCCACAUAAGUGGAGAGCGGUACGCCAAGAAGAUUCCAGUCGACAACAAGAUUCUGCAAGGAGACGGCCAGCAAUUUGAAGCAAGAACGCAGAACCAGGAGGACUUCACCCACAUAAGUGGAGAGCGGUACGCCAAGAAGAUUCCAGUCGACAACAAGAUUCUGCAAGGAGACGGCCAGCAAUUUGAAGCAAGAACGCAGAACCAGGAGGACUUCACCCACAUAAGUGGAGAGCGGUACGCCAAGAAGAUUCCAGUCGACAACAAGAUUCUGCAAGGAGACGGCCAGCAAUUUGAAGCAAGAACGCAGAACCAGGAGGACUUCACCCACAUAAGUGGAGAGCGGUACGCCAAGAAGAUUCCAGUCGACAACAAGAUUCUGCAAGGAGACGGCCAGCAAUUUGAAGCAAGAACGCAGAACCAGGAGGACUUCACCCACAUAAGUGGAGAGCGGUACGCCAAGAAGAUUCCAGUCGACAACAAGAUUCUGCAAGGAGACGGCCAGCAAUUUGAAGCAAGAACGCAGAACCAGGAGGACUUCACCCACAUAAGUGGAGAGCGGUACGCCAAGAAGAUUCCAGUCGACAACAAGAUUCUGCAAGGAGACGGCCAGCAAUUUGAAGCAAGAACGCAGAACCAGGAGGACUUCACCCACAUAAGUGGAGAGCGGUACGCCAAGAAGAUUCCAGUCGACAACAAGAUUCUGCAAGGAGACGGCCAGCAAUUUGAAGCAAGAACGCAGAACCAGGAGGACUUCACCCACAUAAGUGGAGAGCGGUACGCCAAGAAGAUUCCAGUCGACAACAAGAUUCUGCAAGGAGACGGCCAGCAAUUUGAAGCAAGAACGCAGAACCAGGAGGACUUCACCCACAUAAGUGGAGAGCGGUACGCCAAGAAGAUUCCAGUCGACAACAAGAUUCUGCAAGGAGACGGCCAGCAAUUUGAAGCAAGAACGCAGAACCAGGAGGACUUCACCCACAUAAGUGGAGAGCGGUACGCCAAGAAGAUUCCAGUCGACAACAAGAUUCUGCAAGGAGACGGCCAGCAAUUUGAAGCAAGAACGCAGAACCAGGAGGACUUCACCCACAUAAGUGGAGAGCGGUACGCCAAGAAGAUUCCAGUCGACAACAAGAUUCUGCAAGGAGACGGCCAGCAAUUUGAAGCAAGAACGCAGAACCAGGAGGACUUCACCCACAUAAGUGGAGAGCGGUACGCCAAGAAGAUUCCAGUCGACAACAAGAUUCUGCAAGGAGACGGCCAGCAAUUUGAAGCAAGAACGCAGAACCAGGAGGACUUCACCCACAUAAGUGGAGAGCGGUACGCCAAGAAGAUUCCAGUCGACAACAAGAUUCUGCAAGGAGACGGCCAGCAAUUUGAAGCAAGAACGCAGAACCAGGAGGACUUCACCCACAUAAGUGGAGAGCGGUACGCCAAGAAGAUUCCAGUCGACAACAAGAUUCUGCAAGGAGACGGCCAGCAAUUUGAAGCAAAAAAACGCAGAACCAGGAGGACUUCACCCACAUAAGUGGAGAGCGGUACGCCAAGAAGAUUCCAGUCGACAACAAGAUUCUGCAAGGAGACGGCCAGCAAUUUGAAGCAAGAACGCAGAACCAGGAGGACUUCACCCACAUAAGUGGAGAGCGGUACGCCAAGAAGAUUCCAGCCGACAACAAGAUUCUGCAAGGAGACGGCCAGCAAUUUGAAGCAAGAACGCAGAACCAGGAGGACUUCACCCACAUAAGUGGAGAGCGGUACGCCAAGAAGAUUCCAGUCGACAACAAGAUUCUGCAAGGAGACGGCCAGCAAUUUGAAGCAAGAACGCAGGACCAGGAGGACUUCACCCACAUAAGUGGAGAGCGGUACGCCAAGAAGAUUCCAGCCGACAACAAGAUUCUGCAAGGAGACGGCCAGAAAUUUGAAGCAAAAACGCAGAACCAGGAGGACUUCACCCACAUAAGUGGAGAGCGGUACGCCAAGAAGAUUCCAGCCGACAACAAGAUUCUGCAAGGAGACGGCCCGCAAUUUGAAGCAAGAACGCAGAACCAGGAGGAUUUUGUUUAUGUAAGAAGAUUCAUAUCUUGGAGCUUUGGUUAUGUUUUUACAGAGAGCCCUCGAAAAGCGUUCAGAAAAAUUAUUACACGUCAAAUCAUCGGUUUGCAACGAAGGUUAUCAAUUUUCACAUGCCGAUACGGUUAAUGAACUGUUUCAAUCAGGCUAUUCAACUGUUCAGAACGGUUGUCAAGUGCAGAAUGAUGGCAGUAGUUACGAAAUUGUGAGUUUUUCAUAAUAGUCAACAAAAAAGUGAUUACUCUCAGGACUAUCAAUACCGCCCUGUACAGUGCAUUGCUGGCGAGUUGCUCGAGUCGGUCCGUCAAAAUCAUGUCGAUACAAACAUGUUCCAUUUCAACGCAUUUGAAAAUGGACAUCAUUUUUAUGAGGAAAAGGCUGAAGAAGAUGCAGAAGAAAAUGAUUCUGAACAUCAAGCAUAG